CGACCGACCGGUCGGUCGGACGGACAGACGGCGCGCGCGCGCGUGUGUGUGGUGGUCCGUUAGGUCCUCCCUCUCCCACAAAAGUGGGUCACCCCAAGGGGCAUGCCCUUGGGAGGGAGGCUCCUAUCUUUAUACACAUUUCACCAAGUAAAACUACCAAUGUGGUAGUUUUUCCACUAGAGACUCUAUAGCUUUCAAAGCUAUUCAUAUACAUUUCCAAUAGUCUCAACCUUGCUGAAUCAACUCCAUCAAUAUUAGGAUUUACUUAUUCAUUCUCUCAUUCACACGAUUUUCGCAUGAUCUUCCUUCCUCGCCUUGUUUUUUUUUUCUUUUGCUUUAUUUAUCGGUGGCGAAGCUCGGAAAAUAGGUAGAGAGUGGAGAGGUCUUAGAGUGAGAAGGACAAACAUUAGAUGAUUAGAAUGAAUGAAAGAGAGGGAACCUAUCGGGUGGAGGGGAGAUUCAAUGAGUCGUGGUGGUUUUGAGGAGAUGAGUCAAAUAUGAUGAGACGAUGAGGACUAGGGACCCGGAAGUGAUUUGGAUAUCAAUUGGGAAAGGAAAGGGAAAGAAAAAAGGGUUAUGUCAUUGUGGGCUUGAGACUUGUAGUUGUCUCAUGUUUUGUCGAAAAGUUACAAAUAGGGUUGGUACUAGGCAUUGGUUCUUUUUUGACAUAUCGAUUCAGUGUUCGUUCGAUUUGUUUUAUUCAUUAUGAAUCGAACAAUGAUAUGUUUGAGGUUCGAUAUGAUUUUACAGAUAGGUUGCUCACAUCUUACUUUGUACCUUUUCUAUCUUUUUUCUAAAAUAAUAUUUUACGCCUCAACUUACACUCCCCUUAAAUUUACAUCUCAUUGCCUAAUCUUUACACUCUUUGAAUUUACUCCCUCCAUUCAUCAAACGAAGAGUCAAAAAAAUCUAAACCAAAAUAAGUAAUUUAAAUGUUUCGGUGAACGACUUAAAGCUAGUUAUACUUAUUAAGAUCAGGUAGCUCAGCAUUCUACAAAGAAAAAAAUUAUUCAUAAGUAAAUUCAUGAAGUGUUAAAUCAAUAAUUUUGGGUACAGAUUUGUCAUCCUUAAAAUAUAUAAUAAUAUUAAUAAAAGUUCCAUCCCUUUCCCACUAGCACUCUUGUGUCUCCAUCCACCCGUGUCCUCCCCUUUUUCUUGUCCAUACCUCUAGUGCCUGUUGCGCUUCCUUGCCACUACUUUGUCUCUCUCGUAUGCAACGUCGAACCAACAACAGCACCAAAAAUCCAAAUCCCAAAAAAGAAAAAGAGCUAAGUGAUCUCCAAAUGGGAAAAAGGAUGAAAAUGAGAAAAACACGGAAAAGACUUUGUAACUAGCGCCACUCAUAAUUUUGGACAGAGAGUCAGCCAACUAGCCCCCUUCCCUCCUGAUGAUAAACUAGAGCCGACAAUUACAACCACCAUUUGAAAGACCUUUCCUUGUUUUUCUUUUUCAUUCUCUUUACACACAUCAUAUUCUUUUUAAUAUUCAAUUAAUCCAAUAGAUUAAUUUUUCAAAAUUUGACUAUCAAAACCUUAAUCCCAAAUCACCAAGAUCAAGAAUCCAAUCCCUUCCCCCUUUCUUCCCCCAUCAAAUUUCUUGUUUGGUGUGUGGAAGAGAGAGAGAAAGAUUGAUCAACGACGAAAAGCUCCUGACGAAGGUUAUUAGCCAGCCAUUGUGAAAAGAAAGAGAAUCAACAACAUGUCUUGCACAUCGUCUUCCGCAUCUGAUGAGGACGAGGAGGGAAUCGAUUCAUAUAGGAAAGGUGGUUAUCACGCUGUCCGAAUUGGUGAUCCCUUCAAUGCCGGUCGUUACAUCGCCCAACGGAAGCUCGGAUGGGGCCAAUUUUCCACCGUCUGGCUUGCUUACGACACUCAAUCUUCCAACUAUGUUGCUCUAAAGAUCCAAAAAAGUGCUACACAAUUUUCACAAGCGGCCCUACACGAGAUUGAAGUUCUUUCAGCUAUAGCCGACGGUGAUCCCUCCAAUACAAAGUGUGUUGUUAGGUUGAUUGACCACUUCAAGCAUUUAGGGCCAAAUGGGCAACAUCAGUGCAUGGUUCUUGAGUUUCUUGGUGAUAGCUUACUCAGGCUGAUCAGACAUAACCAUUACAAAGGUCUUCACUUGAAUAAAGUUAGAGAAAUUUGCAAAUGUAUUCUAAUAGGUUUGGAUUACUUGCAUAGAGAACUUGGAUUACUCCACACAGACCUUAAACCUGAAAAUAUUCUCCUUUUCUCCACCAUUGAUCCGGCUAAAGAUCCAGUUAACUCAGGGGCUUCCCCAAUUCUUGGCAGACCUGAGAUUAACCUUAAUGGUGGAUCUACGAUGAAUAUAAUUGAGAAAAAGUUGAAAAGAAGGGCCAAAAAGGCAGUUGCCAAGAUAUCAGGGAGAAGAACUACAAUGGGAGGUGCCACAGAAAAGCCAGAGAGAAACUUGGAUGGGGUUAAUGUGAGGUGCAAGGUUGUAGAUUUUGGAAAUGCAUGUUGGGCUGCCAAGCCAUUUGCAGAAGAAAUCCAAACACGACAGUAUAGAGCUCCUGAAGUCAUUCUACGAUCUGGCUAUUCAUUCUCUGUUGAUAUGUGGUCAUUUGCUUGCACUGCUUUUGAGCUUGCUACUGGUGACAUGCUAUUUGCUCCAAAUGGCAGUCAGACAUUUUGUGAGGAUGAGGAUCACCUUGCUCUAAUGAUGGAACUUCUUGGAAAGAUGCCUCGAAAGAUCGCAACAGGAGGUGCAAGAUCUAAGGAUCUAUUUGACAGGCAUGGUGACCUAAAGAGGAUCAGGAGGCUGAAGUACUGGCCCAUGAAUCGAUUAUUGGUUGAUAGGUAUAAAUUCUCUGAGGAUGAUGCUCGGGAAUUUUCAGAUUUUUUGUGUCCUCUUCUUGAUUUUGCACCAGAAAAGCGGCCAAUCGCUCAACAAUGCCUCCAACAUCCAUGGAUCAACUGCACAGUCUCUAUCAAUGUCGACAUGAAAAAUGAAGGUGUUGCUACUGUGGAGAAGUUGGAAGUGGGGGUGAACAACCUCCAUCUGAAGGCAAGGAAGUAGAGAAGGGCAGAUGGAAAAGAUGCUUGCUUGCAUGCAUCAUUUUCAGGCACAUCCCUCCAUAUAUAUAAAUAUUGAUUUCCUUCCUUUUUGGAUAUUUUUUUUAUAUUGGCUUACCAUAACCAUUGUUUUCUUACCUAAAGUUUUUUUUUUGUUGUAUUUGUUGAUGACUGAUGAACUAAAAUGUGGAGUGGUGAAGGGUACUAUUGCGAAAACAGAUUACAUGAAGCUAGAGGAGGGUGGCUAUUGUACUAACCAGAGAAUAGACUACAUAUUAUUGUGUUGAUUACAUGAUGCUAAUGACAUUUUUCCAUUGAGAAAAUAUAAUCACUUGUUUCUAUAGUGGAGCCAGGUGUUGUCUUAUAGAAAGCCCACAAGAGCUAGAAUUGCAAGUUGCUAGUAGAAUUACAAUGGUGUGAUAUUACUUAUUAGUUGCGAGUUUGAUGUAGUAUAAAAAUUUAUGAGUUUG